AUGUGCAUGAUGUUGUUGAUAUUAUUGGCAAAUCAAGUUAAGAGACAUUGUCUUGUUGUGUGCAUUAAACACUUGCACAGUGAUAUGUAUCUGCGCUUGGCAUAUGAAGUAGUUGCAACUUGCAAUCUCAAUCAACAUACUUCUCCGGUUUCAUCUACAUCUUUGUUGACAUUUUUCUUAGUGCCGAAUGAAUAUUUUAUGGAUUUAUGCUCGAUGCGUUCAUUCGCCUCGAUGGAUAUGCUUCGUUAUACUCAACAGGCUAAAAGGGCGAUGACUCGAAAAUGCGUAAAAACAACUGAUUAA